AAGAGGGUCGCGACCCACAGGUUGAGAACCCCUGAUCUAAAGUGAUAGUGAUAGGCCACUAACACUAAAGCAAAAAAGCAAAGAAAUAGAGUGAUAGGCCCAUAACCCGGCUCUUCCUCUCACUCAUUCUUUCUCUCCUUUGUGCCCUAAUUAUUGAUAAACCAGGCCGUUCCUAGGCGUGGAAUCAUCAGCACAGUAUCCGAAAAAAAAAUGUAGAGGGAGGGACAAUGAUUGAUCGAUCAGGUACCAAAUUAGGUCACAGUCACUGAGCAGAGUGAGCGGGCUAGACAAGUUUUUUCCUAGGACUAACCUUUCCGGAGCUAUAAAAAUUCUAACGUAAAUAUUGCGGCGGCAGCGCUUAACUUGUUCGGAAGAUGAAAAUUACCUUGUAUAGCUCUAGAUCAUACAUCAGUGUUUUGUAUUGGUUAAUCGAACCUGUAUUUCUCCAACAUUAGAGCUUCCAUGUGUGAAAUGGAGACCACAGAUGCACAUAAAGUCGAUUGCAGUCUUACUAUUGGUCUUCAGACGUGUCUUGGUCAGCGCUGGACACAUGAAGACUUCAGUGACUUUACAGUCGUUGUCGAAGACAUGGAGUUUGAAUGUCACCGAUUUCUCUUAGCUUCAUGUUCCGGUUUCUUCUCUUUGUUAUUACGUAGUGCCAUGAAAGAGAACUUGGAGAAAAAAGUAACUUUAAAAAACAUUACAAAAGAAACUUUUAGUGUCAUUCUCAACUGUAUUUAUAAAGGUGAAGACGGACUGACACUUGAUAAUAUUCUUGAUGUAUGGCAUGCUACUCACAUGUUGGAUAUUACAUACCUCUUUAAAAGUUGUGAAGACUUUAUAUCCUGCAAUAUAAAUGUAGACAACUAUAUAUCCUUCUAUUACCACUCACAGUUUUUAGAUUCGCAAGCCGUUAUAUCAAAGGUUCAUACAUUUAUUCUUGAACAUUUCGACCAUUUUAUGACGACACAAACUUUUCUGGAACUCUCAUUUGAAGACAUUCACACAUUGAUUCAAAGCACGGACCUAUAUGUUAGUUCAGAAAAUGUUGUCAUAGACGCCAUAUUAAAAUGGGUAAAUUUCGAGACGGAAACUAUCUCCGAAAUAAAAGAAAAAACUGAAGCUAAUGCUGCUCAAAAAAUGCCCUUUAUGAUACCAGACUUGACAAAAAGUUCUGACACUCAAAAUGAAGCUGCCCUCUUCAGAAAUGAAAACGACUUAUGCAUAACAGAAAUGAAAAGUCAAAGAGAAAGAGAAACACGUUUACCUACACUGUUGUCGUCUGCUAGACUCUGCUUAUGUAGUGAAAAUUAUUUAGAGAAAUUUCAUUUUAACCCAUUGAUCAUGUCAGACAAGGAUGCACUUAAGUUAGUCAAAGAUGCUUUAUUUUACCAUCGGAAUCCAAAACUUUCUAGUAACGUUCUUAUAAAUUACAGACAAUGUCAUGACAUGCGCAAUGUUAUGGCUUUUGUUAACGAAAAGCAGCUUUACUUCUAUCUUCUUGACAGAAAACAAUCCAUAAUGGUAAUGCAGUUAGAAUCAGACUAUGAAAGUAUAGCUGCCUGUAAAACGACACUUUUACUACAAUCAAAGAGAACAGAAGAACAAGCUCAAGGAAGAUGCUGGUACCACUGCUUUGAUAUCUUGAACGACUGUAAAGAAAUUAAAAAGAAUAUCAUUAAAAUGAAACUGACAAAUGAUUUAGUUUUCCUGUACCAUCAUGAUUAUUUUAUCGUAAUAGCUAAUAAUAUUGGUAAUCAAAUGGUACAGUGUGAAUUAAAAAGUAACGAACGACUUGGUCUGUUGACCAUAGCAACAACCACUCGCCACCAUCUUGCUUAUGCUCUUGUUCAUGAAGAUAACAUUUUAGUGUUUGUUUAUAACUGCCCUGGAACAAGAAUAAAAGUAUAUUCUUUGGACACAUUACAACUCAUUCUUGAAAAGAAUAUAGACGGGGAACCAGAUGGUAUAGCCAGUUUUCGUCAUAAAGAGAGCACAUAUUUCCUUCAAAAUUCCGGACAUCUGUGGUUGAUCGUAGGCAAAAGAGCGGACAUAGAUUUCAUUAGUGUAGCAACUCUUUGGAAUUUCACUUGGAACUUACGUGGAGCUGUUUGUUAUUUGGAUGAGCUGUUUGUGUUUGGAGAAUAUUAUAAUUAUAAUGAAAACGAACAGAUAAUCUCAUCUUAUUUAACUGGUGUUUUUAACGCUAUAAAUGUGGUAGAAAGUAAAUGCAUGUCUAAUGCAGUUUUCUUGAUUAUUUCAAAAGAAAACUAUAAGGAGUUUAUCUAAUGUUUUAGAUUUUUGGCUGCAUUAUUAAUGAUUAACUCUUUCUCUCUUAACCGACGAUACAACCGUUGAUUCCAUCAGAAUGUGGUAAAUCAUUACGGAGAGAAAGAGUUAAUGCUGGGAAAUUCAACUAAUGAAGAACAUAACUAAUGAAAGUUACAAUAUAAAGAUUUUUCCCUUUAAUGUAGAUUUUGUAUACAUGGCGGAGAACUUCCCUACGUAGUAAGCUUUCUAGUGUAUCCUGUGUUAUGCUCUUCCGCGGUGUCUAGUACUUGAAAAUGUAACUGGAGGUAACAGGUCUUCAGACAUUGCCAGUGACAGAUUUUUGUGAAGACAGCUUGCUGCCCAAAGCGCCGAGCGGCAGGGAAGGAUCUGAGUCAUACGUAAGUAAGAACAGCAGAUUAGACUUUUGAAUUAAAGUUUUCAAUAGCACGAUAAGUCACUGUAUAUGCCUCAGAAUAUGUAGAAUCGAUUAGUAAUUGACGCUCGGUGGCUAGAUUAUUGAUUGAGAUUGACGUUGGACAAGAUGUCUGCUGAACAGUAUGAUCAAAACAUCUAAUCAAAACGAGGUGCUGUGGCUAAGUGGUAAAGCGCUUGGCUUCCUGGGUUCGAAUCCUGGUGAAAACUGGAUUUUUUUUUAUUUCGGUAUCUUUAGGGCGGUUCUGAGUCCACCCAGCUCUAAUAGAUAGCUGACAAUAGUUGGGGUUAAGGCGGUUAGUCGUUGUGCUGGCCACAUGACACCCUCGUUGACAGAAGACCACAGAAACAGAUGACCUUUACAUCCUCAGCCUAUAUACCUAUAUACUUCCUUUUUACAAUACCUCUAUUCAAGCUAUAAAGUCAUUCCAUCAUUGAGGGUGAACGCUGAUCUCGAAAACUGCUCUAACAAUGUAUAUCGCUGAGAAAAGAAUUACUAGCUCGUUGGCCACAUGAGGAAAACCCUAGUUAAAUCGUUAUAGUUUUUGAAAGCAAAAAAUAAAUAAAUGUAAACUUUGCCAUAGACUUACAAAUCUAUCUAGGUCUGGAACAUACAUUUUGUAAAAUUAACACCACCUCAACAUCCCUUAUAAUAAGCACUGAGCGGUAUCUACAGACCACCAAAUUCUAGUUUAGAGUACAUGCAAGAACUAUGCAAUCAGUUAACUACGCCUAAAGAGAAAGUAAAAAUUCAGUUUUUUUGGAUUAUGGGUGACUUCAACCUACCUGAUAUAAAUUGGAAAACAUUAACCAUAGUUAACCAUAGAUAAACACCAAAACCUUAAGGAAAUAAAUGAGCUUUUCAUAGAAACUAUACCCAACCUAAAUUUAGAUUACGUUAGAGCAUCGGCGGCCAUGUUGUCAGCUCCCGGCAGGUAACAGGCACUGAAACUGAAGGCCUGCAUCGAUAGUUCUAUUCUCCAUCUCUGGAUUUUGUCCUUUGAAAUCUUGCCUUGAUAGCGAGGGUCAGCAAUUAAAAAAUAUUGACCUUUGCUCAGUGUCAAGUUUGAAAUGAGAACCUAAAAGUUAAUGUCUAUUUCUUGAUAUCUUCAACAAUAGCAAUUUCUUCUUUCUCUAGAGAGGUAUGACAUCUCUCUCUCUAGGAGAUAGUGUUUGAGAAAUUCAUGUAUGUGAUCAAUUAAGGUGUGCAAUAAAAGUGUGUAAUGACUUUAUGUUUGUGAUCAAUUAAGGUGUGCGAUAAAUUUAUGAUUUAUAUAAUUCACGUGUUUAAUGACUUUAUGUUAGCGAUCAAUUAAGAUGUGCAAUAAAUUUAUGUUUUAUAUAAUUCACGUGUGUAAUAACUUCAUGUUUGUCAUCAAUUUACAUGAGUAGACCUAAAUGUAAUUAAUUCAUGUUUGUAUACAAUUCACGUGCGUAAUGAAUUCAUGUUUUUAUACAAUUCACAUGUGUAAUCAGUUAUCUUGGAUCAGUUAUGUAAUUAUAUGUUAUACAGAUCUACUCAUAAUAAAUCUGUCUGAUUUGAAAUAUUUUUACCAAUUGUUUUUGCUUAGCUUUUAGCUUUCUCAAUGCGCUAUGAUCCUAUCACGUGACUGGACCAGCUGCAGAAAGGGGAGGAAAGACGGUGAUAAGAUAGUUGUUUCAGCUGCCCUCAGGGCUC